AUGGACAAAGCAGCCGCCAGACAGAAGUUCGUGGCCGAGUUCGACAACUUGGUCAAGGAAUUGCAGGAGAUCUCCGCCGGCUACAACAUGCCUAAAGAGGCCAUAGAAUGGUUCACCAAGAACUUGGAAUACAACACGCCCGGCGGGAAAUUGAACAGGGGUCUUUCUGUCAUUGACACGUACUGUAUCUUGAAGAACAAAACGGUCGAGUCUUUGGCCGCAGACGAAUACAAAAAAGUGGCGCUUUUGGGCUGGGCCAUCGAGUUGUUGCAGGCGUAUUUCUUAGUUGCCGACGACAUGAUGGACCAGUCGAAAACUAGGCGUGGCCAGCCCUGCUGGUACUUGGCCGAGGGCGUGGGGAACAUUGCCAUCAACGACUCGUUUAUGUUGGAGGGCGCCAUCUACAUUCUCUUGAAAAAACACUUCCGCCAGGACCUGUACUAUGUAGACUUGUUGGACUUGUUCCACGAGGUCACGUUCCAGACCGAAUUGGGCCAGUUGUUGGACUUGGUCACCGCGGACGAGGAGCACGUGGACUUGAGCAAGUUUUCCUUGGAAAAACACUCGUUCAUUGUCAUUUUCAAGACCGCCUACUACUCGUUCUACUUGCCCGUGGCUUUGGCCAUGUACAUGUGCGGCAUCAACAGCGACGAGGACUUGAAGCAGGUCAAGGACGUGUUGAUUCCGUUGGGCGAGUACUUCCAGAUCCAGGACGACUACUUGGACUGUUUCGGCACGCCCGAGCAGAUCGGCAAAAUCGGCACCGACAUCAAGGACAACAAGUGCUCGUGGGUGGUGAACCAGGCCUUGUUGAAGGCCAACGAGAGCCAGCGCCAGGUCUUGGACGACAACUACGGGAAGAAAGACGACGAGAGCGAGCAGAGAGUCAAGGACUUGUUUGCCGAGUUGCAGAUCCCCAGCAUUUACGAGCAGUACGAGGAGGAAGUGGUGGCCAAGUUGAGGGCGCAGAUCGAGAAGAUCGACGAGUCACGUGGCUUGAAGAAGGAGGUGUUGUCGUCGUUUUUGGCCAAGGUGUACAAGCGCUCGAAGUAG